GUGACGUCAUCACGGCCCUUCCCGGCGCCGCUCCCGAUCCCGAUCCCGCUCCCGCUCCCGGUCCGCGAGGGCGGCUUGGGGCGGUCCGAUGCGGCGGCGGCGGCCAGGAUGCACCAGAAGCUGCUGCGCAGCGCGCACUACAUCGAGCUGGGCAGCUACCAAUACUGGCCGGUGCUGGUGCCGCGCGGCAUCCGGCUCUACACGUACGAGCAGAUCCCGGUGUUCCUGAAGGACAACCCCUACAUCACCGAUGGAUACCGCGCCUACCUGCCCUCCCGCCUCUGCAUCAAGAGCCUCUUCAUCCUCUCCAACGAGACCGUCAACAUCUGGAGCCACCUGCUCGGCUUCCUGCUCUUCUUCACGCUGGGCAUCUACGACCUGACGGCCGUGCUGCCGGCGGCCGGCGCCUCCCGCGAGGACUUCGUCAUCUGCUCCGUCUGCCUCUUCUGCUUCCAGGUCUGUAUGCUUUGCUCAGUAGGAUACCACCUCUUCUGCUGCCACCGCUCCGAGAAGACCAGCCGGCGCUGGAUGGCGCUGGACUACGCGGGCAUUUCCAUCGGGAUCCUGGGCUGCUACGUGUCAGGAGUGUUCUAUGCCUUCUACUGCAGUAACUACUGGCGCCAGGUGUAUUUGAUCACUGUGCUGGCCAUGAUCCUGGCAGUGUUUUUUGCUCAGAUCCACCCCAGUUACCUCACACAGCAGUGGCACAGGCUGCGCUCCAUCAUCUUCUGCUCCGUGUCUGGCUAUGGAAUCAUUCCCACCAUCCACUGGGUUUGGCUCAAUGGCGGCGUUGGGGCAUCCAUUGUACAGGAGUUUGCUCCGCGGGUAUUUGUCAUGUACUUCAUCGCUGCUGUAGCUUUUCUCUUCUAUAUUUCCAAAGUUCCAGAAAGAUACUUCCCAGGCCAGCUGAACUACCUCGGCUCGAGCCACCAAGUGUGGCACAUCCUGGCAGUGGUGAUGCUGUAUUGGUGGCACCAGUCCACAGUGUACAUCAUGCAGUACCGGCACAGCAAGCCCUGCCCCGAGUACAGCGCGGACUUGUGAGCCAAGAGGCAGCACGAGAGGAUCUGUGACUCUGAGGAUCUGGGCCUCAUGUGAAGAGCUGUGUUGUCAAGGACUGAGGCAGUUCCCUUCCUGACUGCUGGACUGUUACCCCCUUGCUGGGACAGAGUGUUACUGCAAGCUUUGAUAAACACAGCAGCACUGCCUGGGUCAGAGGGGUGUUUCCUUCCCAGCCAGUUCCUGCCCUGCAGUCAAGAACCAAGUGGCUCUGCCUGGAGCGGGACAGCAGGGGCUGAGCUAACUCGGCACACAGAUCCCAGCAGGAUGCUUUGUUGCUUGGCAAACACCAACGGCUCAGGCCUGGAUGCCAGGUUUGCAAGGGGAGUGCACAUUUAGGAGAACACUCCUGGCAGCGUGCCUGUAAAAUUGUAGGAACUGUGGGAGCCGGUCCUGGAUCCAAAGCACAGCCCUGUGGGCAGUGCAUCCCUCAGCCUUGAUGUGGAAGAUGUGUUUAUGCUUUGGCAUUGGCACAGGAACACAUGAACUGGAAUUCAGUGGAUUUCUGUCCUGGAUGAGCUCUCUCCCAUUCCCUGGGAGAUAAGAUCACAUGACAUCCAGCACACUUAGAUCUUCACUGCAGAUCUUGAAAAUAGCCUCCCCCAAGGGGGGUCGGGGUGGUGCCAAUGCUUUAAGAAAUUUCUCUAGAUCCCUUCAGCAAUCUGGAAUCAGUAUUCAAAAUAUUCCAGGAGUAGCACUAAGCCUGCGUGUCCAUGUUUUGUUGCUGUUUUGCAAUCAGGGAACCUGCUGGGGAUGCAGAUUCCUGAACUUUGGCCUUUUCCAGUGUGCAGGAUGAUACUGCACUCGCAGACACCGCUGUCCAAAAGGACUUGCUUUCACAAUCCUGCCACAGUGCCAAGGCUGCUUGGAGUUUCAGGAUGUGAUGUGGAACCAUUCCUUAUGAAAUGAACACCAGGGAGCCAUGGAAUACGCUGGUUAUUGCACAGCUGCAGCCCAGCACCAUUAAGCUCCAGGGGUGCCAGUUUUCCAAACAGCACCGGCAUCCUUUGGACUUGUGGGUUAGAGGCAAGGAUGCUGCUGGGACAAAUCCUAAGUGGCUGUGUACUUGUGGAGAAGGCUUCCCUCCAAUCCACUGGGAGAGGCUGGCUCUGUGCAGUGACUGCCCCAGGGCAGGCAGGCUCUGUUGGUUGCCCGAAGCUGCCUCCCUCUGGGCUGAGGCAGAGGAGCAGGACUUGUUUUCUGGUCAGGGUGUGCCAAGGAGAUGUGGAGUGGAGGUGGAAGCUUACAGACAGGCACCUGCACUCCUCAGGCAUGGAGAAGGCAGGAUGGAAACUCCUCCUGAUAUGCUGGAUAGGGAUGCUGUCUGCGGUUUUGGUGUUUUUCUGUUGUUUUUUUUAACUCCAGAAACAAGUAUUGGCAAAACUGACUCUGCAUUACUGAUUCAGCUCCCAGAGCUUUCAGCCUUUCAGUGUGAACACUGAUUUUUUAAUGAUUUUUUUAACUUGACAGCCAAGCAAGUUUCAAGUGCACUAAUUACUACUACUGAAGCCUGACAAGGAACUUGCAAGUGUAAAAGUCUGUUUCCAGUGUUAUGUGUACAGUAGUACCCCAAUAAUGUGUCUGUACUCUGAAAUAUUACUGACUUCAGCAUUUGCUAAUGUAUUUUUAUAAUGGAAACUCUCAACUUCUCCAGCAGUUUCCACCAGAUAAGGAAACUGAUUGCCAAGAUGUGCAUUUUUACCUGACACAAUUUAUCAAGCUGCAUGAUGAUCUUUGAUGUACAUAUUGAUCCUAUAAAUAAAUUCCAGUUCGUUGGUUUUUUC